AGGAAAUGUUGCCCCAAACUUUAUGCUCGGAGCUUUUUAAUUGAAGGCAAAUUAAAAAACCUAGGGUUUCUGUUCUGAUCUUCGUCAUCCUUAACAAUGGUGAAGCCUGGAAAGAAACCCAAGGAGAAAAAAGCUCCUACCAAUGGAGAAUCUGCUCCCGAAACCGUUGCUGCGUCGAAUUCCAGCGUCUUCGAUUCCAUCUUCGGAGGAGCACAGGAAGAAAAUGUUGCUACAGCCUCCAUGUUUUCCGACAAUAAUCCAUUCAGAAGAAAGCCCGGUGGCUAUACCCAGGAACCGGUGGAUAAAAAGCAGGAUCUCGGUUCGGGUUCUGAAAGCCCCAAUGUGAAGAGGAAGAGGAACAACGAGGGUGGAGAUGGCGGUGAUGAAGCGACUCCUUCUGAAGAGGAAGAUGGUGGUAUGAAGAAAUUGAAGAGGGGUAAAUCGUUGGACGGGAGGAAUGAAACGCGUGCGGAGAAAAAGAAGAAGAGGAAGAGGGAUGAAGUGGAAGCUGAGUAUGAGGCAAUGAAAUAUGGAGUAGUAGCGGAGGAGGAGCAGGUGAAAGUGGUGGGAAGAAAAAGGAAGACGAUGGAUAGUUUGAAGGAUAUAGUGGUGGAGCCUAAGGAAAGCAUUGAUGAUGAGAAUAAACUUUUGAGGACUGUCUUUGUUGGGAAUUUGCCUGUGAAGAUAAAGAAAAAGGAGCUGAUUAAGGAGUUUGGGAAGUUUGGUGCGGUGGAGUCUGUGAGGAUUCGAUCCGUUCCUCUAAACAAUGUGACAGUUCCUCGAAAUGUUGCCAUACUGCAGAACGAAAUCAACGUGGCUGUUGACAGUGUCCAUGCUUAUGUUGUGUUUACAACUGAGGAAUCCGCUCAGGCGUCGUUGGACUAUAAUAUGGCAGUGGUUGGUGGACAUCAUAUCCGUGUAGAUAGGGCGUGCCCACCACGGAAGAAGCGGAAGGAAGAUGAUAAUCUGGUCUAUGAUAAUAAGAGGACCGUUUUUGUUGGAAACCUCCCAUUUGAUGUGAAAGAUGAAGAAUUGUAUCAACUAUUUAAUAGUAUCAAAGAAUUGGAAUCCAGCAUUGAGGCGAUUCGGAUUGUUAGAGAUCCCGGUACCAGCUUGGGGAAAGGCAUUGCUUAUAUCUUGUUCAAAUCAAGGGAUGCAGCAAACCUUGUCGUCAGAAAACGUCAAUUGAAGCUCCGGGAUCGUGAUCUUAGGCUUUCUCAUGCAAAAGCUUUGACGCCGCCUUCAAAGAUUCAAAAUCCCUUACCUGAAGAGGCAAACCACCCUGCAGCCAUAAGAAUUGCUUUGAAGUCCAAAUCCGUUGAUCCUAAUUCUAAGAUUAAAUUAAAAGAAUCCCGCAUUUAUCAGGGACUUAGGGCAAGCAAAAGUGGGAUCGAGAAAAAAAGGCGCACCGUAGUUAAGUUGAACAUGGAUGAUAAGAAGGCACGUCCUCGAAAAGAGCGAUCACAUAAGAGACCUGCUGUAGCGGCCAGAAAGGCUAAAGUUCUAAAGGAAAAACAAACUGGAGUGAAGCGCAAACUAGAGAAGCGAACACCGGAUACAAUUGGUCAGAAGAAGAAAGCAAGGAAAUUUAAAUAAAUUAUACUGUGUCUCACUGAGGUAACUUUUUCAUAUAUAUGAUGAUACUUCCCUUAGAUAGUUCUAAUGUGCAUACUGAAAGGACUUGUUACUAAGAAGCGAACUCCUAGUCUGGCUUGUUGUUGCUGUAGAAGUAUCGUCCUGAUGUGGAGGAUGAAAGGAUGAAAACCAAAUGUUUUAUUGUUAUUGUAGUGGUUGCUUGAGUCUGUGGAUGUUGUCUUAGUUGAUAAGGAGCUUCUUUACUUCAAUAUCAUUCUGUUCCUGUUAGAUGCUUCUGUGAUUUUCCACAAUUGUCUGCGAGUGAAAUUCUGAUUUCCAUGUGCAAAAUAAAAGUAGAUCUCACUGUAUAUUAGAGCUUUACGAAGGAAGAAUUUUCGUAAGGUUUAAACCAGUGAAUACACUGAUGGCCAGAGUUCUCGUAGAUGCCUUUCUGAUCUUCAAGUGAUUAGUUCUGGAGGGCAUAAAGCAGUAUGGACUCCAACAUUGCCAAUUUGGCAAAAGGCAAAAAUGGAUGCAAGUCCGCUUAUAAUUUCUCAAAUUUUGGCAUUUUCUAUCUUUUAUACCCCCUCUGUUCCAAAAAAAAUAAUCUACAUUGAGUUUUGAGUUCUAUACUGUUUUUAGUACUCCUUCCGUUUCAAAAUAAGUGUCGUUUUAACAAAAUAGAAAAAUUCCAAAAUAAGUGUCGUUUUAGGAUUCCAAUGCAUUUUUUGUUAAAAAUUUCUAAACAUACCAUCAAAAGAAAUAAGAUUAUUGCUAAGCAUUAUUUUAAUAGGGUUGAUUGCGGAUAUUCUAGUAAUUGAACUAUCACAUUUAAGUGUUUUUUAAACUGUAUGCAAAUUCUAGAAUGACAUUUAUUUUGGAAUAGAAGGAGUAUAAAUUUAAAAAUUCAAUGUGGAUUAUUUUUUUUUUUACGGAGGUACUAUCAUUUAUUAUUGAUCAGUAUGGUGAAAGGGCAGUAGCACUGAAGCUUUAUUUUGAAAAGUGCAUACUUGUAAACCAAAAAUAAGAAAUAAAAAAUCGCACACUUGGUGCUCACUUCUUAUUGGUUAAUCUAUAGACUCAAAAGUAUGUAAUGUUCAGUUUUUGUUUUUGGGUCCAACCCGUUGAAUUCAUAAAUUUCACAGUUUAUAUCUUAUUAUAACCGUAAACUAUUUUUUACGGGAAAAACAAUAGAAUGUAGCGGAUUAAAGAGUUUUUAUUCAUCAAACUAAUUUUAUAUUUUAUUUUAUUUUAUUUAUUUUUUGCCGGGAGAACAAUGGAAUGUAGUGAUUAAGGAGAUUCCCUCGAAGAUCAAAAUUACUUUUCUAUUAAAUAUGUACAUGUGCUAUCGAAUUUCUUUAGGUAUGAAUGGCCAACCAAAUCUUUUGAUUUUCCAGAUGAACUAGGGAACCAAAUUCUGAACCACGAUAAAGAUACAAUACUUUGGGG